AUGCACAAAGACUUUCGCUGGAAGGAGCUGCACCAGAAAGGAGAUGUCUCCCUGCAGCAAAAGCGAACCAGCCUUGUCCCCGACGCGCUGUUGGACCUCGAGGAGCAGGCCGAAGAGAUGGCCUCCUCGCUUGCGCCUGGUGCAGAAGUAGACGUACGUGCUAAGGCUUUGCAGGCUGUUGGUGCGCCACCGUUCAAACGGUUUCUACGAGAAAGACGAGUUCCAGAUCUCGUGCGAAGCAAGUGCCACACCUUACAGCUGAACAUAGGCCUCUACUGCAACCAAGCUUGCAACCACUGCCACGUAGAGUCAUCGCCUCUUCGCAAGGAGAUGAUGUCUAAGGAAGUGGUAGAACGUUGCCUUCUCCUACUCAAGAAUUCGCCGACCGUGAAGGUCCUUGACAUCACGGGUGGGGCGCCAGAGCUGAACCGAGGCUUCCGGCGCCUGGUCGAGGGAGCAGCGCAGCUCCGGGAGACUGGGGAACGACCAGAUUUGCGCAUCAUUGACCGCUGCAACUUGACGGUUCUACUGGAGCCUGGCCAAGAGUCCCUUCCGGCCUUUUUAGUUGACACGGGCGUAGACAUCAUUGCUUCUCUGCCAAGCUACGAGCCGGAUCAAACAGACAGGCAACGUGGGAGGAAAGUCUUCGAAAGGAGCAUUCAGGGCCUUCGGAUCUUGAACCAACAUGGUUAUGGCUCAGGAAAGGGGGGACGGCGCCUCGAUCUCGUGUUCAAUCCGCCAGGGCCGUUUCUGCCGCCCAGGCAGCAACAGUUAGAGAUGAAAUACAAGACAGAGCUGGAGACUUCCUACGGCGUCAAGUUUGACGGCCUGCUGACCAUUGCCAACAUGCCCAUCAAGCGGUACUUCGACUAUCUUCGGAAAAAAGGUGCGCUGGAGGGCUACAUGGAUUUGCUGGUCCGCAACUUCAAUGAAGACACGGUCCCGGAUCUCAUGUGCACCAACACUGUCAAUGUUGGCUGGGAUGGGAAAUUGUAUGACUGUGACUUCAACCAACAGCUGGAGUUGGGUCUCGGAGGUGGUCUGAGUGUAUUCGACGUCGAGAGCCUUGACGACCCCAAGUUGCAGAGAGCCGGAAUCCUGACCGCGGCUCACUGCUACGGUUGCACAGCAGCUCAAGGCUCAAGCUGA